AGUUCCACUGCCCCUCCGGUCCCAGUCCUGAGUUGCGGGGGACGCUGGCAAGGUUGCCAGGGAAAGCCCCGGACGUGACGGCUGAGCGCGACCCCGAGCAGCCGCCCCUCUCCUAUCCGUCAUUCCCGUGCGCACGCUGUCCUUACCCCCUUUCCCUUCCCCCGGUGGGUUCCAGACAAGGGAGAAGUAAACAGCGGGUGGAGCGAGGCUCUCGGAGCCAGGCCAGGCCCUCAUCGCCCCUCCUCAGGCGAGAGCAUGGUGGAGCUCCGGGGGCCGUGGCUCCCCUCGGCUGGUUUCCUGCUCCUGUUGCCCUUCCUGCUGCUGCUGCUGCUGCCUGCAGUCCCCGCACACCAUCGCGCUUCCUACAAGCCGGUCAUCGUGGUGCACGGGCUGUUUGACAGCUCAUACAGCUUCCGCCACCUACUGGAAUACAUCAACGAGACACACCCUGGGACUGUGGUGACAGUGCUCGAUCUCUUCGAUGGGAGAGAGAGCUUGCGGCCACUGUGGGAACAGGUGCAAGGGUUCCGAGAGGCUGUGGCCCCUAUCAUGGCAAAGGCCCCUCAAGGGGUGCAUCUCAUCUGCUACUCACAGGGGGGCCUGGUAUGCCGGGCAUUACUGUCUGUGAUGGAUGAGCACAAUGUGGAUUCUUUCAUCUCUCUCUCCUCUCCACAGAUGGGGCAGUAUGGAGACACGGACUACUUGAAGUGGCUCUUCCCUACCUCCAUGAGAUCUAACCUCUAUAGGAUCUGCUAUAGCCCCUGGGGCCAGGAAUUCUCCAUAUGCAACUACUGGCAUGACCCCCACCAUGAUGACUUGUAUCUCAAUGCCAGCAGCUUUCUGGCCCUGAUCAACGGGGAAAGAGACCAUCCCAAUGCCACUGCAUGGCGGAAGAACUUUCUUCGAGUGGGCCGUCUUGUGCUGAUCGGGGGUCCUGAUGAUGGUGUUAUUACCCCCUGGCAGUCCAGCUUCUUUGGUUUCUAUGAUGCAAAUGAGACGGUCUUAGAGAUGGAGGAGCAACUGGUUUAUCUGCGGGAUUCUUUUGGGUUGAAGACUCUAUUGGCCCGAGGGGCCAUAGUGAGGUGUCCAAUGGCUGGGAUUGCCCACACAGCCUGGCACUCCAACCGCACCCUUUAUGAGACCUGCAUUGAACCCUGGCUCUCCUGAGGACGUCCCCAGGGAUCCCCCAGGAACUCCCUGGCCCAGAGACCAAGUGGUGGCCUUGGAAAGCAGAUGCCAGGCUCUUUUGUGCCUGUGACCACAUCAUUGCUCCCACACUGCCCCCACCAACCAGGGCUCCCAGGACCUCCCUCCUCUGCUCCAUGAAUGACAAAUCCUGGUCUCCCCCACCUCAUGUCUUCAUUGGGGGGGUGCUCCAUGCUCUCCCAUCCUCCCAAGGCUGAGGCUGGGAAGUGAGAAACCAAUUUUUUAACUUGUGUCUGCUCCUCCAUCUCUUGCUGUACAGGAGGAGAACCCAGCCCCUGCCCACCACAGGGGUCUCCUUCCAGGCCACUCAGGACAUUUUUAGCUUCUGUUCUCUCCACGUUCCUUUUUCCUCUGAACUCCCCUGUCGUCAGCCCUCCCAACCCCCAAGAAGGAUGACCCAUGAGAGUGGGGUUCUGAGGCUCCCCUAUGGGGAUAGUUCCAUUCUUGAAGUGUCAGUGUUGGGGAAUAUCUGUGGCCUGCAAGGCCCAUCUCAGGUUUGGGGAUCCCCCAGUCCCUAUGUUUAGUGUUGGGGUACCCCCUGGGAGCCCAGUUUCUUUGAGGCCCCAGCCCCUCUUUUAACUACCCUUGAAUGGGUAUUACCUUAUAUUUAUGGAAAUAAAGUUCCAUUUCCUCA